UUAUAAAUGAUCAUAAUGCAGAGGAUUUCUGUAGAUGGUCUGCUUUGCUGCGUUGUGACUUCCAUCUUCAAAACCCUUGUGUCUUUGUAAUCCAAGGGUUCAGCUCUCGAUACUUCUCUAUUUAAUUAUCCAACAGGAUAAACAACACAAUAUACAGAAAUGUAUUUCACUGACAAAGAGGCACUGCGACUGAUUUAUUAAACAAACUAAUCAUUUUCAGACACAACAAUACGUGUUAUGGACAUAAAGCAUGUAGGCACCUACAAAGGAUUGUAUUUAAUCAUUAGAUUUACUUUAAAAUUGAUCCAGAUUACUCCCCACAUCCCUGAUUUCUCAUAACAGGAUAUCAAAUACAAAAUUAAUAUGAUUAUUUGAAUUCCACUUUAACCAAAAAACAGCCCCGAUUUCUUUAAGUAAAAAUUAAAUUUCACGUCUGCCUGCCGCUAACUGUGUCACUUACAUUGUAAAUGACGCGAUAGGGAUUUGCAUGUGUAAAUCUCAGACCAUCACGCCCCCUUUUGGCGCCGUAUAACACAGAGAAAAUAAUUCCACCCUAAUUACAACCCACCAAACAAUUGAAUAAUUAUAUAUAUAUAUACUGUGUCUGUGUGUAUGACCCUGAGGAACUCACCACCUCCACUGAUGAGUAGGACCCUGUAUAUAUGUAUUGUCUCCAGAAGUUAUGUACAGUAAAACCUAGAUAUAAUGCCACUCCAUUUAUUUGCCACCUUGCCAAAAUAUUUUAAGGUCCCUUUUCCUUUUUUCCUUAAUAAUUAUUCUGUGAUUUUCCUUCAAUUUAUUAAGAUACAACACAUUGCCGUGCCGUGGCGCGAACCCGCAACCCUUCGGUCAUGAGCCCGGCGUCCAACCACUGGACUACCGUGCCUCCAAUAUUACUUCCCUAUAAUCAAAAUAGACACUGAUGAAGGAAAUAAUUCGGCACACCAACAGGUAUGCACACCACCAUCUGCAGACAAACCAGAAUAAUUUGGGACAUAAUGCAAGGGCGCGUUCCUGGAAAAAAAUUAUCUUGUCGGAAUUGAAAGCAUUUCUUUCAAUAUUUUACAACAUGUCCAUUGUAAGAAAGCCUUCAAUUCCAUUUGAUUCCCGAAUACUGGAAUUCAAGACUACCAAGUCAACGUUCAUCUUGGUUUUUCAAAAUAUUUUGAAAUUUCUACAUAUCGCAGAUUUCCGACGCAUGGUUGGAAGAGAGCAUCCUGCCGCCAGAUUUCGUCCUCUACUUAACUUCGUCAACAGACAGUUCCUGCGCGUCAUCAUACCGAGGAGGGAAUUGUGUGUUGAUGAAUCCUUGGUGAGAACAAAAGGCCAUAGUGUGAUGCGCCAGUACAUUCCCUCCAAGGCCGCGAAGUACGGAAUUAAGUUUUGGAUAUUCUGUGAGUCAGCGUCAGGGUACGUUCUGCAAAUGUCCAUAUACAGAGGCCGAGAAUUCGACCCAACUCCACGGGGCGAGCUACAGGACAGUAACGUUGUAUACAACCUACUGAGCGAGGCGUCCCUGCUUGACCGUGGUUACCACGUGUUUGCUGACAGUUUCUUCACUUCGAUGCAUCUUGGAAAAAUGCUGCUGCAGCACCAUACCUAUGUGACAGUCUGUUGGUAAAGACACUGAAUGAUGGUGGCCGCACCAAUGAUCUGAAGUCACGUGCUGUGUAAUACUUUGCUUGAGUCGUCCGUUGGUACGCUGGGCCGAUUUGACCAUAUUUCGAGACACAAGAUUACACUGGAUGAUCAGAUGUUACGUUAGGUCUGAAGUUCCAUACAUGGCUGCUGCAACCCGCUUGUAUCGAUGCCGAAAGUGCAGGGAGCGCGUGUUUGAUUCUCAAUGUGUAGUGACAGUACAUGGACAACAGAAUACUUUAUCUGAUGGAUCUGCAGUACUGCCUUCUGUUUCCUGUCAGGAUGUUUCUAUGGAGACGGUGUGGUAUGUCACGGUUGACUCUGCCCCAGAAUGGAUACUGAACAACAUUGAAACAGCCAUGUGGACCAAAGGGAAAUUACUCUGUCCAAAAUGUGAAGGUCGUCUGGGAUCAUUUGAUUUCACAAAGACAGUGAAAUGUGCGUGUGGAAAGUUUACAGUGCCACCUAUCCACAUACUACAGUGUCGUAUUGAUCAAGUCAGUACAGCCUCUGCCACACAGGAAAUCUUGAGACGCAGGCAAAGUAAGAUCACUGCUAGAGAUAUUUCUGUUAACCCAAAUAAUGAGGCAGAGAAAAACAGAGAUGUGUCAGGUAAACCUGAAGAGAUCUCAAGUCUGGAUAUUUCUAUACCGUUUGGCCCUAAAAUGGUACCAGUUGAUACCAGUUCAGCUGUGACCUUUGACCCGGACCUCACCAGAAUGCAGGACAAUGACUCUGCUUCCUUCUUACCUAGUUCUGAAAUGACAGGUGCAAGGUCAUUUGACAGUACACUCACACCAGGUGCUGAAAGGUUGUUCAGAGCCGCUGACCUUGAUAGAAGACAGAGGUCACUGGUUGAGAGUGGACAGAGGUCACUGGUUGAUGGUAGUUAUAGUUCACCAGAAAGAACUAGGUCGUUUGUGGGUAAAGAAAUACAAAAACAGAGCACUUCAGAAUCAGAUAUUCAUCUGACGUUUGUAAUAGAUCAGUGCGAUGGAAAUAGAAAAGACGUAAAGAAAAGUGUAAAGGAGAACUGUUCAAAGGGAGAUAAUCCGCAGCAGACGGGAAAUCAACAGCAAGAAUCACACGAAAUAAGGACGCUGUCUGAUGAAGGAGUAGCUACAAAUACUGAAGGCUACUCAGAGUCGGGUCCAAGUCUUAAUGCUUUACCUGUAUACCAAGGACACCGGGAUGUUUCUGAUGAUGGAUGUCCCAGUAAUGCUGAACAGCCUGAGAGACUGACUCUGAGUCGCAGAGAUUUACUAGGCGAUGAACACAGGCAUCCUGAUGCUCCAAGACGUUCCAAACAAAGGAGUGGACGUAAACGGGGGAUAACAAAGGCCGACACUUCACCUGCUGAUCAUGAUCAGAAUAAUGAUGUUGACCCAGUUUAUCCUGAGGAACACACCUGUCCAGUGUGUCUUGACCUCUACUGUUAUCCAAUGAGAACAAGUCCCUGUGACCAUGUUUUCUGUGACCCGUGUCUGCGGCGCUUGGCCCGAGCCACACCAGUCAACACACCUUGUCCUCUGUGUAGGCGAGUCAUCGCCAAGUGUCAUGGUGAAGAUGACCUUGCCGGAGACCUGAAGACCUGGUAUUCUGCACUCUAUAAGAAACGGCAGGUCAUGGAGAACAAAUUCCGUAAGGACUCGUAUCAUAAACUCCCGCAGUUAAACCCAGCGACCUUACGACUCCCUAAUAUGGACAGAUUAGGUCAGGAUCCGUGGCAGCCAUUCGACAGAGCCAGAAACCUGUAUAACAGGAUGGGAGUGAACCUACCCUACGUUUUGCAUAGUGUUGUAUUUAUUGCGGUAAUGGUGUGUAACACAGUAUACAGAUUCAGUGUGGAGCUGGCCUCCCUCCCGCUGUCCACGGCCUUGGUAGUGACGGGGCUGGUGUUUAUUGCACUCCUGGCCGUGUCUGGACUCUUAGCUAUCUCUCACGUGGUCAGAGUGGUCGGUUCUGUGUCCCAGGUCCUCGGCCAGGCCAUUGUCGAGUUUAUGGGCAGUGUAUUUUUGUUGCCUCGCGUGGAAUCUUUCAAGUCUGAAUCCUCACAAAGCUUGUUACCUACCAGUGUCCGAAUUAGGGCCAUGACGGCAAACUUCUUCCUGGUAGUGAUUGUAGUCAUCAUUUGUCGAUAUGUCUUCUUCCGCCGAGUUAAUGUCCAGUUUGGUCGAAAUGUAUAAGGGCAUAGUGAGAUGUUUUCCAAGCAUGAAUUAUGAUUUUUAUUAGCUCACCGGGUCCGAAGGAUCAAAGUGAGCUUAUGCCAAACCGUGGCGUCCGUCGUCC